CAAAUACACAGCCACUCUAUAACCUCACUCUAGAUUGAGUGGCUAUUAUAGUAGUGGCCUAGGUCUUGGUUCAUUCGGCCGUUCGGCAUUCGUGCUAGCUAGAGCAACGUUUUCUCCCUAGCUGCCGCGGUUUACUGCCUGAUCUCCGCUCAUCGCUCGUUAUCGUCUGAGCGUCUUGUCAGGUUACGCCGGGGCGGAGUUUGCUCGACAAGGCUCGUAGUAUUAGGUCAAUGCUGCCCUAGAUUUGCGCAUUUGUCUCCGUCUGCAGCGUCUGCAUACAAACCGCUAUUGCAAGGUAGUUUCAGAGCAGUCUGGUGCUUUACCAGCAUGUUUAGGGUUUCUAGUCCUGCAUUUUCCCGUUCUGUGCUCUGAGGCGGUUUCUAAUCCAUAGGCGACUUAGCCCGAGAAGUUAUUCUUCCAGAUUCAGAAGAACGACGUACUUUGCACCUUAGUUUAGGGCGGCGAAUACCUGGCCGGGGGAUUUAAAGCGUGGCAUCAUGGACCAGCGGUUCCAGUUGACGGAGCUCAUCGGAAAAGGGUCUUUCGGAGAUGUCUUUAAGGGCAUCGACAAGGAGACGGGCAAGCAGGUGGCUGUGAAGAUCAUCGACCUCGAAGAAGCUGAAGAUGACGUGGAGGACAUUCAAAAGGAGAUUGCUCUUCUUGCAGAGUGCAGGGCACCCAACAUCACCAGGUACUACGGCAGCAGCGUGCACAACACCAAGCUAUGGAUUGUCAUGGAGUUUAUGGCGGGUGGUAGUGUGGCGGAUUUGCUCCAGGAGUCCCCUCUGGACGAGGCGUCCAUAGCCUACAUUCUGCACGACCUGCUACAGGCUCUGGAGUACCUGCACUCGGAGAAGAAGAUCCAUCGUGAUAUCAAAGCGGCCAACAUUCUGCUGAACGAGGAGGGCGAUGUCAAGGUGGCAGAUUUCGGUGUGUCGGCCAAGCUCACCAAGACCAUCUCCAAGAGAAAGACCUUUGUGGGAACGCCCUUUUGGAUGGCGCCUGAAGUCAUUCAGAACACCGACGGAUACGACGAGAAGGCGGACAUCUGGUCGCUGGGUAUCACAGCCAUUGAGAUGGCCAAGGGGGAGCCGCCCUUUGCUGACCUGCACCCCAUGAGAGCGCUCUUCCUCAUCCCAAAGGACCCUCCGCCCCAGCUGGACGACCACUUCUCCAAGCCCUUUAAGGAGUUCGUCAACCUCUGCCUCAACAAGACUGCCAGAGAGAGGCCCAGCGCCAAGGAGCUGCUGAAGCACCGGUUUGUCAAAUACGCUCGCAAGACACCGCGAAUCAUUGACCGUGUGCGGGAGAGGGUGGAGACUUCGGGCGACCGCAUUGUGUCGCCGCGCAUGAAGCCAGACGAGCCUGCGGAUGGACCCCCCCAGUCCGCUGCUGCUGUCGCUGCCGCCGCUGUUGCUGCGGCUUCUGCUGCCAGCAGCGCUCCCAGGCACAACCGCAUGACCAGCUGGGACUUUGGCACGGGCACCAUGAAGCCCACUGAGACGCUCCGCCGCCAGAUCCGCGCUGCUGUGGCCGAUCCCUCCGAAGGGGCCGGUGACGCGCUGGGGCGUGAUGAGGGGGGCGGGGGCGGGGGCGGGGGGGAUGGGAACGAUGGGGGGAAGAGGAGUGGGACGUUGCGGCGCAAGCCGCGUGAUUCCAGCACGGGGACUGUAAAGAGGGGCGCGAAUACGGGCACUGUAAAGGCCAGCAAGGGGAAAGGGGGAUCCUCGGGGGAUCGGGGGGAGGAGCAGGGGGAGGAGGCGGGGGAGGAGGCGGGGGAGGAGGCGGGGGAGGGGGAGGGGGAGGAGGUGGGGGGGAGGAGGGGGUGGCGAAUGGGGAGAAAGGGGGGCUGUAUGGAAGUGGAUGGGGGAGUGAGAGUGAGGGCUCAGGCACCGAUGAGGAAGGGCAAGGCACCCUCACCCUCACCGUCACAGCUGCUCUUCACACUCGAAGGGGGCAAGGGGCGCAGGAGAGGCAGCAAACCGCCGUUGCCUGACGGCUCUCAAGCGUCUGCCUCGGGCGAGGGUGGCCGCAUGGAGGACUCUGCAACAAACAUGGCCGAGGCUCUCAAGGCAAUGAAGGGGGGGAAGAAGGGUGGGGGAGGGCGGGCGAGCAGAGGAGGCGGGGGAGGGGGAGGGGGAGGAGGGCGUGGGGAUGGCAUGGAUGGCGGUACAGUUCGAACAAGGAGUCCCAGAAAAUCGAGGGCAGGGGGGCGCAAGGGUGGAGGAGGAGGGGGUGGGGAGGAGGGAGGAGCGGGCGGGGUAGCAGGCAGGGAUGCUGCAGUGUCAUCCUCGCCUCUGCUCUCCCUUGUGCUCAUGCCCGCAUUCAAAGAGGUAGCAGCGGAGCAGCAGGAGCAGGCAGCUGUGAGGGCAGCAGCGGAUGCAGCAGAUGCACUAGUGGAGAUGGAGAGGUGUGCGCCCGGCUCCUGCCAGCUACUGCUGGCCAGCCUGCUUGGCAAGCUUGGAAAUGCAUCAGAGGAGGUGCCCCCCUUGCGUGACCUUAAAGCCAAUGCUCGCAGGCAGUUUGGGGGGCCAGGGGGGGAGGGAGGGGCGGAUGGACGGACUGACAGGCGACACGGCAAAGGAGGGGAUGAUGACGUCAACAACCUUAGCCCGCUCGGGAGCUUCCUACUCCGCAGAUGGAAAGGCAAUUCGCUGCUCGAGUCCGCAUGAGAAGCAAUCCACCGUCUUUCCGUAAGCUCGGAAAUGCUCAAAUGGGUAGUCUUCAGCUCGUCUUGAUUCCUUCAAUCUUUCACUCCGAGCUGGCCUCCAAGCCAGCCUCCAAAGCCGGCCUCCCAAGCCACCCUCCCAAGCCAGCCUCCAAAGCCGGCCUCCCAAGCCAACCUCCAAGCCGGCCGUCCUCUCAAGCCAACCUCCAAGCCAGGCUUUCCAGCCGGCCUCCCAAGCUGAUGUUGCAGAGUACUAUUCCUCCCACCUGUGUGCACCUGCUAAGCCAAUGCUUCAGCCCUUUUUUCAAACCAGCUCCCAUUCCUGGUUAUUCAGCUUUGCUUCCAGAUCCACGCUGUUGGCGGCACAUCUGAUUGUUAAUGUGGUACGACAUUGUCAUUACAGAGUAAUUUCUCUCUCCUCUGAUGAGUUACUAUGCUCAUGGACCACGGAGGGCUGAUAUAGCUGAUCGUAUAAGCAU